AUGUGUGUGUGUGUGUGUGUGUGUCUCUCUCUCUCUCUCUCAAACCAAUUCAUCUCUGUCUCUGGCUCUGGCUCUGUCUCUGUCUCUGGCUCUGUCUCUGUCUCUGGCUCUGUCUCUGGCUCUGUCUCUGUCUCUGGCUCUGUCUCUGUCUCUGGCUCUGUCUCUGGCUCUGUCUCUCUCUCUCUCUUUUUGAUUGAAAGUACGGUCACGUUCGCGCUGGCAUUCCCGGAUCGCCUCGGCGACGGUCAACUGCAUGUCUUGCCGGGCACGUCUGCCGAGCAAGACGCCCGCUUCUCCAACAAGGAGAAAAAGCUGAUGAAAUCAAUGAAAUUUGAGCCUGUCCUCGAAGAGCCCGUGGACAUUACAAAGGUCAACUUGAAUCUGCUGCGACCUUGGAUCAAUCAGCGUAUCAAUGCCUUGCUGGGCUACGAGGACGAUGUCGUGGUCGACUACAUUGCCAAUCAACUAGAGGAUGCCGUGGAGAAGGGUCUGGAUGGAAAGCGAAUGCAGCUCAACAUCACCGGAUUUCUUCACGCCAAAAACGCGCGCAUCUUCAUGGGUGAGCUCUGGCAGCAUUUGUUGAGCUCCCAAAAGAGUGCCAGCGGCGUUUCCGAAGUCAUUUUGGAAAAGAAGAAGCAGGAGCUCAAAGCCCAAGAGGCGGAGCGCGAGCGCUUGCGAAGCGGGGUCGCGGCAUCUCUUUCACAGUCUGGACUUGUGCCUGGGGAGGAUGGUGCCAACAAUUGGGUCUACUACAGGCAUUGCGUGGAAGAGGGGGAAGCAAUAAGGCAAACGUCGCUGCCUCCCCUUCUGAGAGCCCACGAGCAGUUGACUGUGACACCAUUUGUGUGCCGCAGGGGGGAAGCGCCUCGUCGCAGCCGAUUCGACCAGCCAGCACCUCGCGAGACCAGCGAGCGCGACGACAGGAGGCGAGACGAUCGGUAG